AUCUAUUGAUCAUCAAAUUUAAGGCGACGGUGACCGCAAAAAAUAUUACACGCUUGAAUUUUAACUCAAUUGUAUUUCUGAAGAAACAUCGUGAUUAACUAAAAUUUCUAUAAUUUUUUUCAUAAUUUUUUGCUUUGGUCUUAGUCAAAUUUUAUUCUCUUUAGUUUAUCUAUCUUGUGAAGAUUUAUGUGAAUGCAUAACUUUUCAAUACUUUGCUACUGUAACGUGUUAUUGUUAACUCCUGUUUCAUUUCUCAUAAUUAAGUCACGGAUCAAAGGUUUAACCGCAAAUUUAUUUAAUGAAGUAUGAUCUUGAAAAUUGAGUACACCCACGUCCGGUUUUCCACAAAGUUUAUGUCAUUUUUGUCGUAAGUGACAAAUUAGAUAAAGUCUUGAAAACAGUCCAUAUCAACUUCUAAUUUUGCCGGUUAAUAAAAAGUUUGAUAUCAUCUUCUAAAAGUGACAGUCUUGUCCUCUGGUUACUCAUAUAUUUUUUCCGGCUAUUUAUUUCCUCGAAUUCAUAUUUCACGCACUUUUUUUAUCACCGACAAUUGAACAUAAUGAGCGAUAAAACAUAAUGUUUCCCAUACUAAAAAAUUUUGUGGUUAACAUUGGAGGAAAUUUUUGGUUAAUAAAAUACAAAAUACUCUCAAAAUUCAAUAAAAAUUAUACUCAAACAAUAACCACAAAGUUCAACUUCUCCGAAAAUUUCUUAGCACAGUUUCCUAGCAAAUCAUUUCAGUGUCUAUAUGGUUAAAUGAUAGCAACACACACGCUUAUCAAUAGCUUAUCUAAUGUUUUGCCCAUACAGCAUGAAAACCACAAAGCACACAUCUGCCUUAUGAAAUUGAGUCUCUAUCUCGAUUAGAAGCAAAAAUAUGUUAAAAGUGUGUUGAAUGGCAUAACUUGUUAGAAUUUAUAAAAUUUUACACUUCACCAAUGAAAUGCUUUAAUUGGUAGAACAAAAAAAAAUAAUUGCUGGAAUAAACCUUGAACUGGUGUGGGAUGAUUUUUUCAGCUAGUUAAUUUGACACGCUCUUGCUUUUAUAUUGACUCAACUGCAUGAUCAAAGUGUAUGAUCAGCUAAAAAAUGCUAAAACCUUUUAAUUUUUGAAUUCAAUGCGUCAUGGUGUUAUUCAGCAUCUUUGGGGUUUGCGUAUGUAUGUUUUAAUCAGGUGUCAAAUAUUCUGAGAACUAGAAGAAAUUUAUUUGUUGAAAUAGAUUCUAGAAGAUAGCUCGUUAAGGUGUCAAAACAUUUAACAAGAAGUAGCAGUGAGUUUUUUUAUUAAGAAAACCGUAAGAUUAUAUUUUUCUUCAGUUCGAUCAGAUUCUCUAAAGUAUUUCUGUGUGUUUGAAAUUUUUGUCCCAUUGAUUAAUAAAAAAAAAAACAAAAAAAAGACGAAACAUGCUAUAAAACAUUUAAAUUAUCAUUUCAUUUUUUGUGUUGUCCACAGAGCAAGAAACUGGUGUCAAAUUCCUCUCACCUUGAUGGUGACAUUCAAAAUCCUCCAUAAGAAAUUCUACCCAACGAAACGUGCCAAUGUAUGGAAGUUGCAAUGCUAUGCCAGCGUAUUGUUGAUUAUUCCAGAAACUUGAUAUUUUGCCAAGUUCACAUUUAUAGCAAUCUUAUUUCGUCUUUUGCAUUUUUGUUGCAUUUGAAGUUGCAUUCUUAAAUGAGUCGUAAAAAUUUUUUCAUGUUUUAUUGAUUUUGUAUUACUUUGGUUUUUUUACUGCUCGAAUUCUACUGGGAGAGCAGUAUACCAUUUAAGUCAUCGUUGUAAAGUAAAAGGUUAAAAAGGCUCUAAAGAGCGUAUUUAUCAACUGAAUGGGAUUAUGUUUGAAUUCGUUAAAAAGGUUUUGGAAUUUCUGACAACUCUAAAUCGAUUUUACAUUAAUUUGACAUGUCUAGUUUGGAUAUUUCUUGAAAGUUUCGUAUGUGUAGAGUCAAGUAUAUGCGGUUACACUGAACUAAAUAGAAAGUUUUGGUUAUGAAUCGUUAAAUUUUCUUUAUCCAAAUAUUCAUACUUCUAAAUUAUUUUGGAUGAUUAUUCAGGAAUUUAUAAAUUGUGGUUAUGUAUCAGUAAACUUAUAAGUAAAUUGCUUUCCCAAUGCAACGCCCUGGAAAGAUCUUUCUUAAUAGAGAUAAACGAAGCGAAUUUACUUUUGAGGUAUAGGGGUAUAGCAUUUCUCGUUCAUAUAGGCUUUCAAGUCGAAUAGGUCAUGGCUUACCCGGUUUUGAACGAUUUUAUAGGUUAGGCAACUGUGCAGAUUUUGCUGAAAGUGAUUUUUUUACCAAAUUCAUCUUGUACUUUAGUGGUGAACUUGAGAUAAUUUCCCAAUUGGUUAGUUUGAAAGCAGGAUGUAACACAGAUGUGUAAUCUAGUCCCUAACUAUAAGACCUACGUCAUGCUUGGUAGCUUGAGUCGUCCGAAGGUAGCGCACCUUCUCCUCUAUGUGGAGAUUUUUGGUUGAAAAUUAUCUUUAUUAGUGUUAUAAAUAGAAAACCGGGAAUGAUAAUACAAAUCAGUCUUAUAUAAUCCGGAAACUAUUAUAAUUACAACCAUUACAACCUAAUUUACGUAAAUUAUGUGUAAAAUAAAAUUUAGGACCAGAAAAUGGCGGAAACGGCAUAAGUGAAUCAAUGCAUCCUCUUUUAUAAAGGCUCCAAAAACAUAUUUGUGCUUUUCUCAAAAAAAUCUUUAUAAGGCACACUUAGUACCUUUAAAAUAGAUCUUUCAAGAAAAAAAGUUAUAGGAAUUAGAUCAUGAAAUAUUGAAUUCCUUGUACAAAAGUGCAAAGCAUUGGGUCACUUUUGCCAGGCACUACAAAAGUCACGAAUUCUAGCACUUCGCAAAGUUGGGAUGCUUUUACACCUCUUUCUGUUAUGUAUUUGAAUUAAACAAACAUGUAUUCUAUGUAUACGAUCAUUAACAAAUGCAUCUGAAGAUCACAAAAAUACCACAUUAGUGAGAGAUACUUUCUCUCUCAAUCGUCAUUAAAGAUUCUUCAGCACACUUGACGAUCCUCAUGCGAUCACGACGAAAUUUUCCCAUUAGCAAGUUCAUCGUCCACCAAAAGCGUAUGUACAAAGAGAUGGCCCGAGGGAAAGAUCUUCACACACGAAAAAAAAACACUUGAUUGUUUUUAUCAUGAGCUUGGCACUUUAUUUUGGUGUGUGGGUUUCAAAAAUAACACUUGAAAUUCUUUUUAAUAAUAAUUUUAAAUUCAUAAGAUAAGGCCCUUAAUAAGGCUUGAUGGACUAACGUCUCACAAUAUAGAGAUUACUUUUGAUAAUUAAUUUUUAUAACGCUUAUAUUCUAAUUAAUUCCCCAUCUGGCAUCUGUGCUAAGACGUUCGUGCCAAUUGUUAUGCGUACUUUAUACGAUCAUCGGAAAAAAUGAAGGAGGCAAGCUAAGCAAGAGUGGGAGAAUAGGUAGAUCAGCUGAAUCUUACACUAUACACACGUAUGAUCAUGGUGUAUGAUGAGACUCUAUUCUCAAAAGACGCGAAAUGUGAGACUUGGUGUUCGUUCAGUUCUUACUGAAUAUCGCCCCGAGGCGGUUCACUCUAGAAAUCGGUUUUUUUUUCAUCUCUGCGGAAAAAUAUUCGUGGCGCAAUUUAAGUUCCUCUUCACAAAAAAUUCGAAAAAAACAAGAAAAACAAGAAGCAAUAAAAUUAAAUAGCAUAGAGGAAAAUUAUCACAUUUUGGCCUUCGUGGCAAUUGUGUAGAAUUGAUUUGUAUGAUUAAUUUUCGGAAUUUAGUUGGUCAUCAAAGUUGUUUUGUUGUGUGAAAAAUUACUGAUUUGUUCAUGGAGAUUUUUCUCACCUUUUUUGUGUGCGAAACAUUUGUGAAAAACGUUUAGAAGUAAUUUGGAAAUGUAAAAUAUGCAAAGGUGACAAAAAUAGCUUGGUGUUUAUUUGUCUGAAGAGAUUGUGCAAAAAGUGUUGAGAAAAAAAAAUUGUGAUCAAAAGUGUUGGUCUUUCAUCCUUAAACUAUUUUUGAACGCGAUCCCACUCAAUCACGAGCAUCUGAUAUGGCACCACCUGAGAGGGAUGAGUACCCUCAUGAAGACGCCAGAACUGCAAAUGUAGGAUGAUAAUUAACCCAUUUAAAGUGUUUUUUUGAGUGUGAUGUUUUGACUCAAAUUUAUAUCCUUAUUGUUGCAAUAAUCUCAUUCUAAGUGAAAUUUGCUAGAGUUAAAAGGCAGAAACUAAAAGUUAAAGUCGUUAAAGUCCAUCAAAUUACAUACUAUUGCGCGCUAUUCACCAAAAGUGCUUUCACAUCGAAAAUCAUUGCAUCGCUGCAACCGCUGCAAUUGUUUAAUUUGUUUCUCAUUUAAUUGUGUUUCUUUUAUUUUCAACCAAAAAGUUUUCAAAUUCCUUCUCAAGAACUAUUUUGGCUCGUGAUUUGCCGUGCGUGCUAACAGUGAUUUGAUCCCCUAUGCAUGAAUUCUCUGAUGAGUGAUAAAAAAAAGUGAUGAAAAUGUGGUGCUGUUGAAAGAGGAAAUUCUAAAGUUGCUCUUCCUUUUGCGCGGGCAUAACCAACACAAACUUCCCAAUUAGUUCAAUUGGUCAUUGGUUGAGGCCACCUUCCGUUCCUCCUGUCCCGUGGGACAUAGUCAAGGGAAGGGAAGCAGUCCGACAUUCACAACUGAUGACAACUGCAAUGCUGCAUCAUUAUCGAGAACGAGUGACGAGUCUGCAAAAAAGACACACUCUCGACUGCAGGAAUCCAGCAAUCAGACUCUGCAUUGUCCCUCAGGAUACUUGGCAUUCUCCGCUGAACCGACAAAUUCACUUGCAUCCCCUGGAGACCAUACUCCAGCCCACCGAGACGACGCUCGCACAGAGCCUAGAAACCAAUUUACUGCAACACAUCUGGUGGUGAUUGAAGAGUCAUCAGCACCACAACCUCGCCGUCCAAAGUCAGUGGAAGUUUCAUUGCUGCUGAAUUCACCCCCAAAACCCACCCAAUCUGUUGUUGCAUCGUAUCGAGAUAUAGCAACUAGUCGCGACACUUGCAUUUGUGCUGACACAUCAGGGGGCGCAAGUAUUAAAGGGAGCCCAGCAAGUGAUUUGCCUCAAUUUAUUCACGAAUCACCGUGGAAGUUGGUAGUGCCGGAAAAAUGUGUUCGACGACGACAAGGACCGAUAACCGAUGACUUGUGUCCGUGUCGAGUGCCAAAUAGUCAAAGUGUCCCUCAAGUGACUGUUAAUAGACAUAUUUGUGAUAUUUCGUGCUUUUGUCCGCCACUUAAACCCCUUCUGGCGAAAUUAAGUGCCACAUUCGAUAGUUCCUCCAAAUUCCUUACCACUGGAAAAAUGAUGUUGCGCUCAAUGAAACUCAAGGAGCGCCUAGCUGUUGGCUUUGGCAUCUCCUUAGUGCUCUUUACGCUACUCCUGGUGGUUGACCUGCAAAUGGACCUGGGUGUAUCCAGGAAUCAUAUCGUUCCAUCCCACGCUAAAGUCAAGUACGUCCAGACUGAAGACAAAAAUGGCGUCUUUGAGGGUUUCAAGAGAAAGUUUUUGCAAAAAAGUAACUCUUCUGGCUCGAAAGAAGCUUCAACAACCAGCCACAAUCGUGGUCGCACUGACACGAGUGGUCCUGGUCAGAAAAUACCCACCCAACCACCAGUUCAUGAUAAAUUUUCCGACCUGCUCACCAUUCUGAUGGAACCCAAGCAAAUUGGUACUGUGAUAGUAAAUUCGGAGUCAGACGAGUUCAAUCCCUGUUUGGAUGAUCUCCUGGAUAUGACAAUAAGCAAGAACGCCAGCAAUUUGGAGAAGUUCCAAUUGCGGAUAUGCAAGAGGGAAUUGUACAAGAAAGAUGAUCCAAUUGUUGAAGCGGUUAUUCGCGAUAUGGCUGUAUUGCCAAUUAACCACGUUGUUCAAAAGGAGGGUGGAACUCAAAUAAAACUCAUCAUUGAAUAUCCAAAUGACAUAAAGGCUCUGUUCAAGCCAAUGAGAUUCCCACGGGAUCAACAGACUCUUCCAAAUCAUUUCUACUUCACUGACUUUGAGAGACAUACUGCAGAGAUUGCAGCAUUCCAUCUCGAUGGACUCAUGGGCUUCAGGCGGGCCAUGCCAGUUGUGGGACGAACAUUGAAUAUUACAACGGAAAUUUAUCAAGUCAGCGAUGAUGAAUUGCUUAAGACAUUUUUUGUGUCACCAUCAAAUAACUUGUGCUUCCACGGAAAGUGCUCCUACUAUUGUGACACCUCCCAUGCAAUUUGUGGCAGCCCCGACACCCUGGAAGGAUCCUUUGCUGCUUUCCUUCCCACGUACGAACAAGCAGGUCGUAAGGUCUGGCGUCAUCCAUGGCGACGAUCCUACCAUAAAAGAAGGAAAGCACAGUGGGAGACAGAUGCUGACUAUUGUUCAAUGGUGAGAGAUAUUCCACCGUAUGACCAGGGCAGACGACUCCUGGACCUAAUGGACAUGUCUGUAUUUGACUUUCUCAUGGGUAACAUGGAUCGUCAUCACUACGAAACUUUCAAAAUUUUUGGCAAUGACACAUUCCCGCUCCACUUGGACCACGGACGUGGCUUUGGGAAGCCCUUCCACGAUGAACUGACAAUUUUAGCCCCAGUUCUCCAAUGCUGCCUAAUUAGAGCCUCAACGCUUGAAACUCUCCUCAGAUUCCAUAAUGGCAAACGUCUCUCAGAGUCUAUGAGAGAUUCAAUGGCAAAGGAUCCAAUAGCUCCGGUGCUGUGGGAGCCUCAUUUAGAAGCCCUUGAUCGCCGAGUUGGAAUCAUCCUUCAGGGUAUUCGUGACUGUUUGAAAAAGAAUUCUCACGAAGAGGUGAUAGUUUCCAAUGACUUGUCAUAGCAUAGAAUUUACAAGGUUCUUUCAGCUUAGGAACUUCGCUAAUACAAAUUCCUCUUUUAUUGUCAAUAUAUUACUCAAUUGGGUUAUAAAAAAAAAGUAAAGCUCGAGAGAAAGAAAUAUUUAUUGCAGAUUGUUGUGUAAUAUAUUGGACAAAUAUUUUUACAUGGUCUGAGAAAGAUGCAAUUUUAACAAUUGUUAUUGUUAUUUCAAAAAAUGGGUGAGAAAGUAAAAGUUGACUAGCUUUAAGGGAAGACACUGAAAGUGCGAUGAUUUUAUAGUUUGUAAUUUUUGUUGUUUAACUUUGACGAAAUGAUAAUCUCAUGCGAAAUUGUCAAUUUUAUUAUUGGUGUCUAUGAAACCAUUUAGUGCCAAAUAAUUUUUUUUUUUAAUUUUGAGAAAGAAAGAUGGUUGAAUAAAUAUAUUUAAAAAAAAAACAAAUUUUUAUCGAGGAAUUUACCAAGCUUGCGUCUAUCUUCUAAAAUAAACAGUCGAAGUUUUUAUUGACGGCUUACGGAGAUAGAAAAAACUGAAUAUUGAAUGUUUUGUGAAUAUAUAUUUGUGGCAAAAAAAAAGAAAAUCAAACAAAAUUGUUAUGCCUCGUUGAAAACUUAAAAAAAGGAGUCCAAUCUAAAAAUUGGUAAUUUUUGCUAUUUGUGAUUUUUUCUCUUCAAGAACACGUUCUCUUUGUUACCAAUUUGCAAUGCAAAACGAUUUUUUUACUGUAGUUGCUAAUAUACUUAUAUUUUCUACUGUAUUAAAUUAUUAAUGUGAAAUGUAACUGAAGAGAAAAGGAAAUAACAUGAGUUACUGUGAAGAGAUAAUACCAGAUAAAAUAGAUUAUAAAAAAAUGUUUAAAAGAAAAAGAAUAUUCAUGUAGGAAUAUAUGAUAGUUUAAGAGAAAAAAAUGAUAUAAAUAAUACGCUAAUAUAAUUGUUAUAGCAACAAGCGAAUUAUUGUGAAUAUAUUGCAUUAUUGAGCAAAUAAUUUAAAUAUUAAUUAGAUAGAAGGAAUGUGUUGUAAUAUACAAUUUCAAAAUGGAGCAUAGAAACUGAUGAUAAAAUAAAUCAAAACAAUUUAUGUCAA